GAAGAGGGACACAGAGAGUGAGACAGAAAGAAGAGGAAGAGACAGAGAGUGAGACAGAGACAGAAGAGGGAGAGAGACAGGAGGAAGAGAGAGAGAGACAGGAAGAAGAGAGAGACAGAGAGAGCUGAACAACAUGAAGCCAGAGGAUGAAACUGUCACUCUGCUGACCUGAAGCUACAAGCUGUCUGUCUGUCGGUCCGUCUACCUGCAGACAUGUCCUCCCGAGCUGAGAGUAAGACAGCUUCCCAGUUUGUGUCUCUGACCUUGAAGCUGAAGGAUAAGCUCCACCCAACACGCAUCAGACGAUCUGAGCGAAUCAAACACACCCCGUCACAGAGAGUCAAGCCAGCUGACCUAAACUUAAACGAACACACACAAUGCAAGUCGGUGUGUGUGCUGGCCGACCAGCAGCGAGCUGUCGUCAGCUCUCUACAGUACUUCAAAGCUCUGGUGGACAGACUGGCGCUGGACAAACUGGCCCGAGAUCAGUCUGUAGUGGGCGGGCUGCUGGGCGGGGCGUCCAGCAGUGUCCUGGAGGCGGUCCAGACUCUGGUUCAGCUGGAGCCACACCUGCACAACAGUAAGACAAUCUCUGCCUGUCUUACUCGUCUCUACCAGUCUGUGGCUCAGCUGAUUCGCUGGGCAGAUCAGGUGAUGCUGCAGGGCGUCGCCCCCGACAACAAAGAGUCCACAGCGAGUGUUACCACGGUGAUCAGAGCAGUGCUGGAUGGGAUCAAGGAACUUGUUCGAUUGGCUGCAGAGAGACAACACAGCCCCGCCCCUCUGUCUCCUGUCCAAUCACAGCCAGUGGUGGGACAGACAGGUGGGUGUGAUGAGCUGCAGAUCUCAGACAGAACCUCCACCUGCAGUAGUCCAGGACAGGAGGAGGAGGAGACGGUCUCAGCUCCUCCUAAACCUCCAAUGCCCUUCUCAGAGCCCCAGGUGACCCCCACACCUGGCCUCAGUCCUCCAGCUCUGCCUCCUAAAAAGCGUCAGUCAUUAGGCCCUGCCCCCUGCAGGGUUGCCAUAGUAGCACCAAUGAUGCGAGAGCCUGCUGCAGACAGACAGGUAGAACAGGAGGAUGACUGUUUGAAGCGUUGCUCUUCUUCCUCUGCAGACUCUGCUGCUGACAGCACGAACUGUGAGGAGGAUCCAGACUAUGACUUCCUCCACACUGACCUCUCCUCCUCUGACAACCUCCCUCCUCUUCCUCACCCCUCCUCCCUGCCCCCCGCCUUGCCAGAGAAGAGACGCCGCAGCGCUGCAGGUGUAAUCAACUCUGAGGCCUCGACUUCUUUUGGAUUUGAACCCGACCCUCAGGAUGACAGCCCCGCCCACUCUGAUGAUGUCACUAGUCCUGAUGAGCCGACGUUGUCUCCUCUGUCCCCCAGCAAGACGCCCCCUCCCCUCCCUGAAAAGAAACGACACAUUCAUCAGUACCUUCAGUUCUGCUCAUCGUACAGCGCUCCGUCAGCAGCUAUGUUCUACCAGCGACCUUUGACCUCCAGUCAGAGACACGGCAGCAGGCUGCGGGAGGUGGAGACAGCUUACCAGCUCAGGGACACACACCUGGACACGCACACGCUGGACUCACCUGAGCUGCUUCCUGUACCCGUUUUACCACCGAAGAAGAGACAGCAGGAAGCAGAUGAUGAGAGUGAGGAGAGGCAGAGCAUGGACAGGGUCCAGCUGGAGGAGGUGCUGCUGACCGACCAGCAGGAGAUCCUCAACAGAAUCACCAUGAAGCCUGAGGAGGAGGAGGGGCCUGACGUGAAGGCAGCUUCUCCUGACAUCCUAUUGGUCUACGCUACAGAGACGGACAGCGUCAGUGGUGAGUGGACCGGCAGCCCUGAACCACACGAUCUGUACCGUGAAGCCUUCCUCUCCACCUACAGGGGCUUCAUCAGCCCCAGUGAUGUCAUCAGUAAGCUGCAGCACAGGUACAGACACCUGAGUGAAGGAGGAACACCUGCAGACCAGACAGCUGCCAGCAACACAUUUCACCUGCUGGUCACAGUGGUGGAGGAGCUGUGUGCAAUGGAGCUGGACUCUGAUUUGCUGCUCCUGCUGAUGGACCUCGUGUUCAGCCUCCUGAUUGGUGGAGAGCUGGGACCUGCCCAGCAGCUGCGCUCCAACAUCCUCUCCAAGAUGGAGCAGAGGUGGCAGCUGAUUAGCUCUCCUCAGUCAGUCCGCCCGCUUGCAGCUAGAGGCGUGGCUGCCAGACCAGGAACUCUGCUGGACUUCAGGAGUCAGGACUUAGCCGAACAGCUGACACUGAUGGACUCUGAGCUCUUCUACAAGAUCGAGCUUCCAGAGGUGUUGCUGUGGUCUAAAGAGCAGAAUGAGGAGAAGAGUCCUAACCUGACUCAGUUCACUCAACACUUCAACAACGUCUCUUUCUGGGUUCGUUCGGUCAUCAUUCUUCAGGACAAACCUCAGGACAGAGAAAAACUGCUGCUCAAGUUCCUGAAAACCAUGAAGCACCUGAGGAAGCUGAACAACUUUAACUCGUACCUGUCCAUCCUGUCAGCACUGGACUCCGCCCCCCUGCGACGCCUUGACUGGCAGAGAAACACAGCUGAGGCUCUGGAGGAGUACAGUUCUUUGAUUGACAGCUCAUCGUCUUUCAGAGCAUACAGAGCUGCUCUGGCUGAGGUGGAACCGCCCUGUAUACCCUACCUGGGUUUGAUCCUUCAGGACUUGACCUUCGUCCAUCUUGGGAAUCCUGACGUGUUGAUGACACCUCAGGGUUCAAAGGUCAACUUCACUAAACGCUGGCAGCAGUUCAACAUCCUGGACACUCUGAGGAGCUACCAGCAAGUCAGUCGAUAUUCUCUGCAGCCGAAUGAUGACAUCAUAUCCUUCUUUAAUGACUUUAGUGAUCACCUGGCAGAGGAGGCAUUAUGGGAACUCUCUCUCCGGCUCCGGCCAAGAAAUGCCCCUCGAGCAAUUCAGAGAUGACGUGCUAAACGAGCUGAAACAGGUUCAACCUGGAUCGUCCCAAGGCUAACAGGUGCUAGCUUUAUGCUAACAGGUUGAUACUGAGGGAUGUGGUUGAUUCACCUGGUGCCAGCUGACCUGGGCAACAUGGUCUGGAGGUCUGCUGAUGUGUCACAGAAAUAAAGACUGGUCACAGACUGAGAUAAUCACAGCUAAUAGUGUGCUGCCAUGCUGAUAUGGAUGGGUCAAGCCAUUUGAUAGACACAUGGGUCCCAGUGGGUGUGGCCUCGGCCCAUAUGGACCUCAGAACUGUUUGUGUCAUCUCUUAUUUCAAUAAAUCACAGCUCACCUUUCUGUGA